AUGUCUGGUGGGCCCGAUGGUACCGGCGGCGCCUCGGCGCGUUCAUAUGUGGAGGCCGCCUCCUCUGGGUGUGGAAAUAGGAUUACUCCGAAGUUGACCAGCUUAAUCGUGACUCCUCGGGAGGACGCCUCUCAGAGAUUUACUACCUCCGAUGAGACAAAGAUGGCGCUUCAGAGGGCCAUCAAGCCCUCGGACUACAACCUAAAGGUAAAGAGAGUAACAUCUGUUAAGAACAACGGUGUACGCGUUGAGGCGUUGUCGGUCGACUUGCCGAAGAUAAGAGAGUCUGCCGAGCUCAGGGGUGCUGGUCUCAGGCUUGUGGAGGAGAAGAGAGCUAAUCCUCGGCUGCUGAUCAGGGGGGUGCUGUUUCGGCUGUCGGGCGAUGACAUCAGAUCGGAACUCAUCACCUUGAAUUUGAGGAAUUUUGACCCAGCCGAAGUAAAGGUCACUCAUGUAUAUACGCCUACGAGGGACCGCGGGACCACGAGUUGUGUCAUUGAAGUGACCCCCGGGAUACGCUCCUUUCUGCUGGCGGAGGGGCAGGUAUUUAUCAGUUUUUCUGCCUGUAGUGUAUCUGAUUUUGUUAGAGUUCUGCAGUGCUAUAAGUGCCUUGCCUUUGGUCAUAUGGCGAAGAACUGUAAGUUCGACCCGCUCUGUGGACAUUGUGCGGGGGAUCACGAGACACGUGCGUGCACCGCGGAGGAGGGGCCUCCUGUCUGCGGAAACUGUAGAAGAUGGACUUCGCGGGAUGAGCGACACUCGGCUCUUGACGGUGGCCGUUGCCCUGUGCUGCAGAGAAGAAGGGCGGAGAGAGUGAGAGCACUCAACAAUGGCUAA